AUGUCUUUACAAAGAGACCUCGUUAAGUCUAGGCGUCGUAGCCCAAACCCAAGAGCAUAUAUGGCUCGGCCUCCUCUUAUGCGAAAACCCAAUUCAGCUGGUAGUGGAGGACGAAGCUCACCAAGCGGAGAGGCAGUGCAUGUAGCAGUGCGGGUGCGACCACCAUUUCGUGGGGAAGCUGCACAAGAAAUUGUUGUUGCAAUGGAUCCAUCUCACAAAACUGUACACGUUAAGGAUAGAAUGGAUGAUCAACAAGUGUUUUCUGUCGAUAUGCCAGUUUGGUCUUGUGUUGGAAAGGCAUUAGAUGGUUCUGCCCCAAUAUCUCAAGCUACUCUUUACGAAAUGGUUGGACGACCACUCCUAGAUCAUGCUUUGGAUGGAUUCAACAGUACAUUAAUGGCAUAUGGUCAAACAGGAAGUGGAAAGACUUACACAAUGAUGGGCGAUAUUAGCCUAAAUCUUGAUGAUAACGAAGAUGUCCUUAAUAAUAGUGAGGAAGGUAUAAUUCCUAGACUUUGUCGAGAAAUGUUUCAACAAAUUCAAAAUCGUUCUUUUACAGCCUCAUCAGGUGGAACUAUCAGUUGGGAAGUUCACGUUUCUUUUGUGGAAGUAUAUUGUGAAAAAAUCAGUGAUUUAUUAAAUCAUGGAUCCCCUGUUUCAUUACGUGAUGAAGUGGUAGAUAAUGAAACAUUUUUUACACUUGUCGGAGCACGCCGUAUACAGGUGACAAAUACAGCAGAUAUUCUGAAAGCUCUUAAAAUUGGAAAUAAGUGUAGAAAAACAGCAGCUACAGCGAUGAAUGAACGUAGUAGCCGAAGUCAUGCUAUUUUUAUUGUGGAACUUACUGAAAUUCUUUCUUUUACAAAUCCAGAUGGUGAUGUAGUAAGUGCACCAAGUAAAAGUCUAAGUAUACGUCUUGUUGACUUGGCUGGUAGUGAACGUAUUGGUGAAACAGGAACAAGUGGCCAACAAUUUAAAGAAGGAGUUGAAAUUAAUCUUUCUUUAUUUACUCUUGGUAUGGUGAUUGAAUCUCUUUCCGAUCCCAAACGGCGAAACAUUAAACCACCAUAUCGAGAAAGUACACUGACAAAAAUACUAAAAGAUGCUUUUGGUGGAAACAGUAAGACAACAAUGAUAUGCACAAUUUCCCCAACAGAGGCACAACGUGGACAGACUAUUCAGACUUUGCAGUAUGGAUCAAAGGCGCGACGAGUUGUGAAUAAACCUCAUGUUGAAGUAGAUCCCUCUUCUGUGGCACUUCGUAAAGCUAAUGAGGAAAUGAUGGCCCUUCGUCAGCAGCUUUCAGAAGUGAGAAGAGGAAGUGAAGAAUAUGCAGAACUACAAGGACAAGUACAAAAUAUUAAAGAACGACUACGUCAGGAACAAGAAAUAUCACGUCGACGUAAAGCAAAUCUUGAACAGAAGGAAGCAGAACUUGCAGAACAUUUUCAAAAGAUGGAAGAACAACGUCAAAUGUACAAUUGUAAAAUACAGGAGCUGGGAGCUGAAGUGGAACGUGUCAAAGUAAAACAUAAAGAAAAAGAACAAGAACUGCAGAAAACAAAACGCAAGGUAGAAUCUGUUGCAGAUGAACGUGUAAGGGAGUUGGAAGCUCAACGUGAAUUAAUGGAAAAAGAAUUUAAACGCAAAGGAGAUGAAAUGUUGCAAAAACAGAGAGAAACUGAAGAACGCUUGCAGAAGUUAGAUAAUGUCUUUAAAAAUCGUGUUGACAAGCUUGUUCAACUGCAAAAGGAUCUGGAAAAUGUGUUAAAAGAAAAGGAACAUGUGGUUCAUCAACGUGAACGAGAGCUACAGGAAAGACAACGACACCACGAGGAAAAAGUCCGACUACUACAACAACAAAUGGCUGCGAAAGAAAAAGAAUGGAUGGAAAAACAAAAAGCAGUUGAAGAAGAAUGGCGUACUCGAGAAAAGAACUAUCGACAUCACCUUGAAGAGGCACUAAAAAAGUCACGUCUUAUGCAUGAAGAGUCAACUAACCGGGAGAAUGAAUUGCAUCGCAAAUAUUUGGAAGCGCAACGCGCGGCACAACAAUUGAAAGAGGGCUCAGAAUUGAAAGAACUAGAAUUGAAACGACAGAUAGAGGAAAUUCAACGUGAAGCGCAACAACAGGAACGUGAAUUUAAUGAAAAAUUGUCUCAAGCGGAGCAUGAUGCUAAAAUACAAUGUGAGACUUUACAAAGAGAAUUGGAAGCCACUUCAGCUAGUACGCUAGGUAAGGAACGAAAUAUGGAGGUACAUUGGGCACUUCUUGAAGAAGGCUUAAAGAAGCGUGAAGAGUCACUGCAGAAACGUGAAGCGGAGGCGAAUGCCAGACUUAAUGAUGCACUACGAAUGAAACAGGAAUGGGAAAGAGAACAACGUGAAAAAAUGGCUGAGGCAGAUGCCCGUCAGGAAGAAGCCAUUGGAGUUAUUCGAAGCAAAGAAAUUCUUGUUCAACAACGUGAAAAUGAACUAAAAACUUUGGCACAACAAUUGGAAGCACAAGCUGCUGCGCAAGAAAUAGAGGCAAAACGGAAAGAACAUGAACUCAGCUCAAAAAUCAGUGAGACGGAACUUCUUUCCUCUCGUGAACGACGCGCUGCACAGCGACUACAGGAUGAGCUUCAAAACGCUUUAGACCGACUAAAAACAGAGAUGAAACAACGCGAGGAACAAUUGGCAUCCUGGGAAGAGGAAUCUAAAAAACGCUAUGCACAACUGGAGAAUUCUCUUGCCGAGAGGGAAGCUGUGAUUAAACAAAGAGAAGCAGAUGUCGAAGCACAGGAGCGUGAAUUUCUACAGAGGCGACCAAAGGAAGGAGACUCUAAGUUCGCUAAAGAAAUUCAAGAAUCUAUAGGAGAUAUCGUGCUAGAGAAGGGCGCACGAAGUGAGACGGCGACAAUGUUUGAAGCAGAUUUAAAGGCACGUCUCGCUUCGAUGAACUGCAAUACUGGUGAUUUUGUUACCUGUUUGCGAGUUAGCGAAGAGGUUCUCUUGCAUCGUGAUGUGGGCUUUAUGGAGGCAACCGAAUCUCAAGAACGGGAGGCUUUAAUAAAACAUGAGAAACGUUAUAGAAAUAUUAUCAUGGAACAUGUAAUUCUGGAUAGGCGGAAUAUGAAACUACAGAAGCGUGAAAAUGUGUUAGUUUCUGAAGAGAAAAAGUUUAUCAAAGAAAAGAUGGCCUUACAGUCUUUUAUGCAAUUUCUUCUUAUUGAGAUGGAGCAGCGCUGCCGCAUCCUACUUGAAUCUUCGCGUAAUCGUGAGUAUAACCUCAUCUACACACUUGAGACUUCCACCCGCCGCCCACGUGGAGUCGAUGUGGAGUCGGUGGAGUCCCAUGGACUCGAGCGGGAGGUGCAGAUGCGUAUGGAAGGCCUCUGCGCGGAGGAGGGGCGACUCACGCAGCGGAUAGCCGACUUCGCGGCGGAGCGGGCGGCGUGGGGGUUGGAGACCCGACGCCACGACGAGGCACUGCGGGCGUACAUCUUUGAGCUCGAGGCCCUCGACCGCGCGGAGGUGCAGCAGCGGGAGGCGGAGGGGCGGGCCGUCUGGACGUAUCUCCUCGAGCUCGAGGCGGCCGACAUCCAGCGCGGCCAGCGGGAGCGUGGACUCGUGCAGAUGGAGAAGGAUAUCGCCAAGCAGCUGACAGAGACAGAGCGGCAGUUGCAGGAACGCACCGCAGACAUUAACAGACGACGCCAUGAGGCCUCCGUACUCGCAGAGGAGAAUGAACGUACACUACAGGACCAGGAAGAUGACCUCGCUGCGCUUGUGGCAAAGAAUGAAGAGGUAGAAAAACAAAUUAAGUUGCGGGAGACAGAGUUACAGCAACAACGACUCCGUUAUGUGGAUCUGCGGAAAUUGCUGGAAGAGCGAGAUGCACUACUGCGGCGCGAACAUGCACAUCGGAUGGAUGGUAAAGAUAGUGCGACACAACUUACAGAUGACCUGUUAGAUGUGAAUGACCUCCUCAAAAAUCAACUACAUCUUUGGAUGAAGAAAUACGAAGUUCUAAAGAGUGAUGAAAAGUUAGAGUGCGAACGAUGCUCAUGGCAAAAUAAUCGUGAUGCCACCGUAUGUCGUUGUUGCGGUAAUGCACAACUAGUGUAG